GGUUUUCACUUCCUUUCUCAACCAACCAACCACACCUCGAAGGUCCUCAACCUCCAUUUUAGCAGAGCAUCGCCAUAGCCACUGCAGCUUCGUUUGCAGAGAAAUAUGAAGACAUUAUCCCUGCAACAUUCCCCCUUCAGCCUCCCAAGGCACACCAACUCCUCCUCCAAAUCCUCUGCCCCAACAGCUUUUCUUAGAAUCAUAUGGUCGCCGUCUCAGAAUUCCAACACCUUCCCAAGAACCGCCUUGUCGGGCCUGUCCUCCCCGGUAACACUCGGCCGACCAGUCAAGUAUGCACCGCCAGAGGAGGAGAACCUGAAUGUGAACGUCCCUCGGGAAUGCUCAAAUGGGUAUUCGAGGGCGGUGGUCAUCGGGAUGGUAACAGUUGGGGUCGCUGUCUUCCUUCUUGGAGUUGGGGCUGAUGAACAUCACGGCAGGGCCCUGGCUCUGGGCCCUGAAGGGCCGCUGGUGGAGGAGUUCUGGGACAACGUGAGGAGAUACGCGCUGUACGCCCUCACCGUGAGCACCGGCGCGAUCUACACGAUUCUGCAGCCGAUCAUCGAGUUGCUGAAGAAUCCCAUCUCUGCAAUCCUCAUCCUGCUGAUCCUAGGGGGCGGCUUCUAUAUCAUCACCCAGGUCCUUUCCGCAAUGAUUGGGAUCACCGAGUUCUCUUACGAUUACAGUUACUAAAAAAUUCACAUGGUGGGUUUUUUUGCUAGUUAGUUCUCUUGUUCAUGAUCUUCUCUUUAUUGGAAUUCUCUUCAGCUGGGAAAGGAUAGUUUCGUCAUGAGGAAGACACUAUUAAUUACUUGAAGAUAUUGACGGGUCAAAAUUACUUGAAGUGAUCAAAUCUAAGGGCGAUGAUCAUUUUCAGUUGAUCCAAUAGUCGAUAACAUUACGAGGAACGCAACCACUAGGGAUGAACCAGAACACCAAAUUAAAAGUACCUGCUCCCGCUCAACAUAUACCGGUUGAUAUAUAUGUUACAUCAAAGUAUUUUGUUUUCCUAUAUCACAUUUUUUAUAAUCAAAUAACUAUAAUUUCGGUGAGA